UCCCUUCCCUGCGGUGAGUUCUUGGUCUAUGUAGGAGGAGUGCCGACAAGAGGGCGUGAGGUGAAGGAUGGAAGUGAUCCAGGAGUCCGAAGAGGGUCAGGUUUCUUCAGAAACUACAGAACCCAUAGUCGUGGAGGCACCCGAUGGCUCCCAGGGAGAUGGCUCGGGAGGAGGGGGGCCAAGUGCUUCGAUAGUGGAGCCUUCGGAGGGUGGAGAGCCUACCGAGGCUGCGGAGCCGGGAGGCAUGGAGGAGGCGGAGGAAGAGGAGGAAGCAGAGGAAGCGCAAGAGGGAGAGGAGGCCCAGGAGGCCCAGGAGGCCGAGGCUACGGAGGAGGAGGGAAAAGAGGAGAUGGAGCAAGAAGCCGAGGCGGAGGAGGAAGAGGAAAUGAUGACAUCGACCUUCUCGGAGGCUGAAGAGAUGGAGGGCGAGGUUUCCGAGUCGGUCGAAGUACCUAGCGAGGUCUCGAGAGAAGACGUGGUGGAGGAGACGCGAUCCCCGGUGCGGCUAACACUGACUACGGACAAAGGAAGCGAUGUGUCCUUCGAAAUGCGAGAAGAAGAAGAAGAAAAAGAAGAAGAAGAAGAGUACGAGCCCGAAGAGCAGGCCAUUUCUGAGGAAGCCCAGCUGAAGCUCCAGGAGCAGCAGCUGCGCGGCGAGCUCCUAGAGCAGUAUCGCGGGCUGAUCUCGGAGCGCAACCGGAUCCGCCAGUACAAUAUGCACCUGCAGCACAAGAUCGCGCUGGCGCUGCGCAAGAAGAAAGGCGGUGUUGAGACUGAGGUGGCAGAGAAGACCCCAGGGGAGCUGGACACCCCCGAGAAAGAGCAGACCUACCAGCGCUACCUGAGCUCGCUGGAGGAACUGAAGAAGCAGCACAGUGAAGAUAUGGAGUGGUACCAGCGGGAACUCGAACAGCUCCAGCGGCACUGCCAGGAGAAGUUGGCCAAAGUGGAGAAGGAGUGGAAGUCCUUCCAAAACCACAAGAAGCAGGUGAUCCUGCAGGCCAUGGGCACCUGCAGCUUGCCCGGGGGGAAGCAGGCCGCCCUGCGGGAGGUGGAGCAAAUACAGGACGUAGAGGACCGCAAGGAGAAGGAGAUGAGCAUCGUCCGCCUGGAAAACGUGCAGCUGAAGCAGUCCUUGGCCCAUCUGGAGGCCAGGAUGAAGGCACAGGAGGAGUUGACAGAGGGGCUCCACCUCAUCGACUUCGAGCAGCUCAAGAUAGAAAAUCAGACCUUCAAUGAGAAAGUAGAGGAACGCAAGGAGGAGCUCAUAAAACUACACUACAAAGUCUCCAGCAACGUCCAAAUAAUCACCCAUGUGAAGGAGAAAUUACAAUUUGUGGAACUUGAGAAUAUGGGCCUUAAGUCAGAGCUCAUGGAAAUUGAUGCUCAGGUGGCCCAGAAGAGGGACAUCUUGACCAAGACUAAGAAGGCCAGGGACAGCCUUCGAAUUGAUAAUGUCAAGUUAAAUCAGAAGUGUGGACUUCUAGGAAAAGAGAUGCUCCUUCGUGACCUGGAACAAAAGGUGGACCAGACAGAGUUGCUUAGUCAAAGGCUAGAAACACUUAAGCGCCAGUAUGCUGGACUGACACUCUCUUGCAAAGGACUCAAACAGAAAAUAAAGGAAUCCAAAGCAUUCCUACCAUCCUGAACAUCAAAACAAU